CAUUGCCUAUACUAGGUUUGUAAAACUCGUACAUCAGGGUCGUUUUGUAAAGACUCGCGCUGGAACGCAUUCUGGGUCGUGAUCGUGAAAAAGGAAAUCAAACGGAAAACAAUAGCUACACGCGUUGAUGUGUUGUGCUUAUGGAUCAAAAAAAGCGUUUUGUGUUGUCUUCUCGGGGUUAGAAGUGCAGCGAUUUUCUUAGCGAUUUUGAACUCUAUAAUGACCUCUGAAGGAGUUUCAGCAGGGCUCUCCGGUGCGCCACCGAUGGACGUCGACGCGCGCUUAUCCACGGAGGAAAUCCGGAUUCGGAACCUCAACGGAGUCGAGCACACGAUCUCGGUUGACCCUAGCGAAGUGUCGAAGGUGGGCGAUCUCUACAAGACAAACUUCCUCUCCCUCUUUCUCAACCUUGAGACGGACCUGGUUCCGCCGACCUCCUUGGUCCGUUGGAUCCAAAUUCGCGAUGAGGUGGAGGCAGACUUUUCAGACGGUGCCAAUAGUUGGCGUGACGACGGCGCAGAUCUUGACUACGUGGGUUCUGGGGAAGAAACCACCGCGGACGGAAAACAAGUUGAGGCAGAGCAGAAUAAUCGCAGCGAUGCGGGUCCGACCGCUUUUCUUGAACCGGGUGCGGAAAUAGAGUUCAGCGGAGACGUUGCGUGCCAAUUCGUAAUCGCGCACAGCGGGUUCGACUUCGAUCCCCGUCGUACGGAGGAAGAGGACUUGGAGGAUUGGGAAGAGCGCGCGCUUUGGGCGGUUAAAAACGGUUUGGAAACUGUGGAAGACGCGCAAGCGUUCAUCUACAACCGCGUCUACGCCGAAGUGUCCUCGGUGGAUGACCGCGUUCGCCUGCUCCGCAUCUGCCUACCGAUCGCGGGUCUGGUCAAGGAUGGGCCAGCAUUUGCAAGUUCUCGUGCGGUGCCACUUGGGCCAGAUUCGCGGGGCCAAUGGAAUCUAGUGCGUGCAGCUGUUGCGAUGAGCGCAGAGGAGUGGCGAAAGCACGGUCUGCAAGAAGGUGGUGGACUGUGCUUUGAAUUAGCGACUCGAGAAGAGUUCUGCUUCAAGGUCGCAAAGGCAGUCUACCACCGUCGUUUCGUCCCCGAGGUAGCCGGGGGCCACGUCCCCGCCGGGAUGAGCACCUCCCGAGAAGUCUACCUCGCCCUGCUGCAGCAGGCGCUCGAACUGGGAAAAGCUGCCAUGGACGUCGAUUGGGUGGCAAAAACACUCGCUUUCGAUGCGAUGCAUUCUAGGAAAGAUUGGCACCGCGAUUACACCAAAUUGCUCAUCCAAUGCGUUGCGAGCGAAGGACGGUUGGCGGAGGUGUUCUCUGUCGUUGAGCGUCGGCAUCUCAGCUACGAGUUGCAGUGCGAGAGCUUGGCGAGUUACUAUGCAGAAAGCAACGCGCUGCAUUUUGUGCGGCAUUUUGUGGGACGACGGAAGGUAGGCAAGCAGGCUGUACGCAAAGUCCUCGAGAACACACUCCGGACGCGGAUUGUCUCCGAAAUGGACUCGGGGAUGCAGCGGGGUCUGGAACCUCUACGCUACCUCUCCGCGUUGCUCCAGGAACUGCACAUCGCCUACGACCUCCAGCCGAUCAUGCAGCCGCUACAAGAUUUCAUCGAUCUCAAGACCAACGGAGAAAAGCUCGAACGCGCUGGACUAACUGCCCGUUUUCGCGAGACGAUGGAGCGAGAAAGCGUAAAGCACAAUGUCACUUGGUUAAAGUGGUCAGAUGUCGAGGAUUUGUGGCGGAAUGCGUGACUUGCGUCAGUGCGUCCGCACUGCUAACAAGCCGGCGAAGCCAAGCAAUUCACUGUAGGAGAUGCUAUGAGAUUAAACUUAGCACUUUCGGACAAGACAACUUUGACCUGCUUGACUUUGUUGUUGAAAAUGAACAUAUGAAGAAACAAAUGGAUGUACCACUAGAGCAUCCUGACAUGAUGAGUUUCCUUGUUCUG